AGACUGCUUUCUUAGAGGAUGCACUUCAUAAACACAAGAAUAACAUUUGGGUGCUGCAUCAAAUUGAUGAAAUACAAAACUUAAGACCCUGACAGAGCAUUUUAUUCCACUCUAUCAUUGGAACGACUAAUUAAAGCACAUCACCAUACUGUAGCCCAUUGGUGUGCGAAUUGAUUGUCUGGAACUUAGAAAGGAGAAAAGUGUUUCUUUCACUGGGAGAGCAAAUAUGAGGGGAACGCUGGUGACCGUCCUUGUGUGUUUUGUGACAUUGCUCCCCAUGGCAGGAGCACAAUUCCCCAGAGUCUGCUGCACGGUAGAAGGGAUAUUGUCCAAGCAAUGCUGCCCAUCGUUCAGCUCUGACCCGGCAGACCUCUGUGGCCUCAUGUCUGGCCGUGGAAACUGCACCAACGUGCGGGUGGACACAAAGCCAUGGAGCGGCCCUUACAGACUGAGAAACGUUGAUGACCGAGAGAGAUGGCCAACAAAGUUCUUUAACCGAACCUGCAGGUGCUCAGGAAACUUUGCGGGGCACAACUGCGGAGAGUGUAAGUUUGGCUGGACCGGGCCGAAUUGUGACCAGCGCAAGCCCCCUGUUGUACGCAAGAACAUCCACUCCCUGACCCCUGCUGAGCUCCAGGAGUUCCUGGAUGUUCUGGAUCUCGCCAAGACCACCAUCCAUCCAGACUACGUCAUCGCCACCCAGCACUGGCUGGGCCUUCUGGGGCCAAAUGGAACCCAGCCCCAAGUCACCAACAUCUCCAUCUACGACUUAUUCGUGUGGCAGCACUACUACUCUGUCAGAGACACACUCCUCGGUCCAGGACGGCCAUUCAAAGCCAUUGAUUUUUCUCACAAAGGACCAGCUUUCAUCACGUGGCACAGGUACCACCUGCUACGUUUGGAGAGAGACCUACAGAGGCUGACGGGGAACGAGAACUUUGCGGUCCCUUACUGGAACUUUGCCACGGGUCAGAGUGAGUGUGACGUGUGUACCGAUUCUCUCCUGGGGGGUCCCAGCCCAGACAACCCCUCGCUCAUCAGCCCCCAGUCCAGGUUUUCAAGAUGGGGGGUGGUGUGCAACAGUCUGGAUGAGUACAACCAACUGGUGACCCUCUGCAAUGGGACCAAUGAGGGGGUUUUAAGAAGGGGUUUUCCAGAGAGGACCAAUAACAAUAACCUGAGCCUGCCCACCAUGAGUGAUGUCAGGAGCUGUCUGACCCUGAGAGAUUUUGACAGCCCUCCCUACUUCACCAACUCUACCUUCAGCUUUAGGAAUGCCCUGGAAGGCUAUGACAGGCCAGACGGCGAGCUGGACAGCUCGGUGACAAACCUCCACAACCUGGUCCACACGUUCCUGAACGGGACCAGCGCCCUGUCGCACGCUGCUGCCAACGACCCCAUCUUCCUGGUACUUCAUGCUUUUACCGAUGCCAUAUUCGAUGAGUGGAUGAGGCGCUUUAUUCCGCCGAACUCCAGCUUUCCAGAUGAGAUGGCUCCCAUAGGUCACAACAGGGACUACAACAUGGUGCCGUUUUUCCCCCCGGUCACCAAUGAGGAGAUCUACGUCACCUCCGAGCAGCUGGGAUACUCCUACGCUGUUGAUCUGGAAGACACGGACAGCAGAAGUGUGGUGGUUCUACUGGGCUCCUCGCUGGGCGGGGUGUUCCUGGGCCUCCUGGUGCUGCUGCUCCUCCUGGUGCUCUACGUGCAGCAGAGACGAAAACGCGAGCGGGACUUCCAGCCUCUCAUCAAGGCCGAGUUCACCAACAAGAAGUACACUGAGGAGGCCUAGGCAGAGCCUUCCCUACAGCACACAGUGCAAAUUCACUGAUCUGAACCAAUCUCCCUUUUUACUGCGGAGAGAAAAAUCUGCCGUCUCAGUGACACUGAUGUACAAAUGUGCAUAAAUGAUUUGUUCCCAAUUCAUACACUCUAAAACUUUUAAGCCAUCGUUUUCUUAAAAAUGUAAGAUUGUGUGGAUUAUUCAUGCAGUUAUCUCCUCUUUGUCAAAGCUACAUAAGGGCUUUGCCAUCUUAUAAAAAUUGAACUAUGUAAGAAGAUUACCAUGUUAUUAGAUGAUAAAUGUAUCAUGUAAUAAUAUCAGAGAUCAUCAUUAUGAAUAAUGUCUAUUAGAUGUGAUUUUUUUGGCCACCCAGACUAAGAUGGAUGUGUCAGUGAAACCUGCUGCUGUACAAGGUACUUUAUCUUAAUGGUUUCAGUAAAUAUACAGCUGCAGAAAGAGAUAACAUAACACAAACUCUAAAAAUAAAAGAGUCAAGGCAUUAGGGCCCCUCAGAUUAGGAAUUGUGCUAAAGGCACUUCACAACUGAAUAAUUAUGCAGAUGAAAGAUAACACUGGUAAAAUGUGCAUAGCUCUGUGAAAAACAUACGCCACAACAAGCGAUUAUUUUUAAUAAAUGUUUAUUUGCACAC